GGGAGGGACGGAGUUGGGGGAGGCUGGCUUCACGGCUGUCGCACCGCUGUUUGUGCAGGAAGCUCAGCUGAUGGCAGCCGGCUGGCCGAGGGGACGCCCGUGCCGGGAAGAGGCGCGUCGCCCCUGCCGCCUAAGUAGUUGCGGCCUGCAUCCCGGUAAGACCAUGAAUUGUGGCGUUUCUUAAAUGAAGCACUCAGGAAUGAAGUGAAAGUCAUAACGUACAGAAAAUAAAUGAUUUUUACGUUAUGUCUGUUAACUUGACUAUAGGUCUCUAUUAUAUUUACCUCCUUAGUAAUGCGAGAAGUCUUUGUGGGAAGCGGCGGAGCAAGCAGCUGCCUUUCUUGCGCUCGCCUGAACAUUACUGGAGGAGAAGCCACAGCAGCCUACAGAGAGGUUUUCAUACGAGCAAAAUAAGAUGUAAAUGGACCAAAAGUGAAGCUCAUUCUUGCAGUAGGCACUGUUACUCUCCAAGCAGCCAUGGUUUACAUUUUGGAAUUUUGAGACUUAGCACUUCUGCUCCCAAGGGACUUACAAAAGCAAACCUUCGUAUGUCCCGUAUUAAAAAUACUUUGAACUCUGUUUCGAAGGCUGUUUUUGGCAAGCAGAAUGAAAUGAUCUCUCGUUUAGCUCAACUUAAGCCAAGCUCUCGAAUAUUCAGAAAAGUGUCAGAUAGUGGCUGGUUAAAACAGAAAAACAUUAAACAAACCAUCAAAUUUCUGAAAAAAUACAGCAACAAAUCAGCAGAAGAGGGUUCUUUUUCAGCAAAGGAAAGUCACGUUAUGGAGAAAGAAGAUACAGGUAAGCAAAGCCUCUUUCAUUACACGAAUAAUCUAACCACGAAAUUCGGAGAGUCAUUCUACUUUUUAUCAAGUCAUAUUAAUUCAUACUUCAAGCGUGAGGAAAAAAUGUCUGAACAAAAGGAAGAUAAACAUUUCCAGGACAAAUCAGAACUUGAGCUUAAAAAGACUGAAGACGAGAAACCCAGUUCUCCAGAUCCUGGCGUCCUGACUGAUAAGAAUCUGGGCUCAGAAGCUUCUUUAUAUUCUGAGGACAAUGCUGCAAGUCCCAGUGGGACGCCCGAGGUUCUUCCCAUUUCUACUAAACAAAGUAUUGCCAACUUUCUUUCUCGUCCCACUGAAGGUGUACAAGCUUUAGUAGGUGGUUAUAUUGGUGGACUUGUCCCCAAACUAAAGUAUGAUUCAAAGAGUCAGUUAGAAGAGCAGGAAGAGGCGAUGAAAGCUGAGCAGGCCAUCAGCAAAGACAAAAAUGCAGAGGAGAAAAGGCGGUUAUCUCUUCAGCAAGAAAAGAUAAUUGCCAGAGUGAGUAUUGAUAACAGAACCCGGGCAUUAGUUCAAGCGUUAAGAAGAACAACCGACCCAAGGCUCUGCAUUAACAGAGUUGAAGAACUGACGUUCCAUCUUCUAGAAUUUCCUGAAGGAAAAGGAGUGGCUGUCAAGGAAAGAAUUAUUCCAUAUUUACUACGAUUGAGACAAGCUAAGGAUGAAACUCUUCAGGCUGCAGUCAGAGAAAUUUUGGCCUUAAUUGGCUACGUGGAUCCAGUGAAAGGAAGAGGAAUCCGGAUUCUCACAAUUGAUGGUGGAGGAACAAGGGGUGUGGUUGCUCUUCAGACCCUACGAAAAUUAGUUGAACUUACUCAGAAGCCAAUUCAUCAGCUCUUUGAUUACAUUUGCGGUGUAAGCACAGGUGCUAUAUUAGCCUUCAUGUUGGGAUUGUUUCAUAUGCCCCUGGAUGAAUGUGAGGAACUUUAUCGAAAAUUGGGAUCAGAUGUGUUUUCACAAAAUGUCAUUGUUGGAACAGUCAAAAUGAGUUGGAGCCAUGCAUUUUAUGACAGUCAAACAUGGGAAAACAUUCUUAAGGAUAGAAUGGGAUCUUCACUAAUGAUUGAAACAGCAAGAAACCCCAUGUGUCCUAAGGUAGCUGCAGUAAGUACCAUAGUGAACAGAGGGAUCACGCCAAAAGCUUUUGUGUUCAGAAACUAUGGACACUUUCCUGGAGUCAACUCGCACUAUUUGGGAGGCUGUCAGUAUAAACUGUGGCAGGCCAUUAGAGCCUCAUCGGCUGCUCCCGGCUACUUUGCAGAGUAUGUGUUGGGAAAUGAUCUUCAUCAGGAUGGAGGUUUGCUCCUGAAUAACCCUUCAGCGUUAGCAAUACACGAGUGUAAAUGUCUUUGGCCAGACGUCCCACUAGAGUGCAUAGUGUCCUUGGGCACUGGACGUUACGAGAGUGACGUGAGAAACACCGCGACACACACGAGCCUGAAAACCAAACUGUCUAACGUUAUCAACAGUGCUACAGACACAGAAGAAGUCCAUGUAAUGCUUGAUGGUCUGUUACCGCCUGACACCUAUUUUAGAUUUAAUCCUGUUAUUUGUGAAAACAUACCUCUAGAUGAAAGUCGAAAUGAAAAGCUGGAUCAGCUGCAGUUGGAGGGGUUGAAGUACAUAGAAAGAAAUGAAGAAAAAAUGAAAAAACUUGCAAAAAUAUUAAGUCAAGAAAAAACAACUCUGCAGAAAAUUAAUGAUUGGAUAAAACUAAAAACUGACAUGUAUGAAGGCCUUCCGUUCUUUUCAAAAUUGUGAUGAGUGUGUGCAUAUAUAGCCUCCUAACUGAAUGCCUGUUCAGAAGAUCCACAGAAUUCAAUAAGGAAUUGUGGGGUUCAGCGUGACUACCUUUGAAAUGCUUAGAAUUCUGGGGAAUCCUGAAAAGACAGUGUUCGGACCAGCUUGUACAGUACAGAGAGCGUGUGCGUGGUUACAGAAUUCAUCUGGGAAUUAGGUUUUUAUGAUGUUAAUAAUUAACCACCCGUUAGGAAUCUUACUGUGCCAGUUGGUUUUAGUACAUAUUGGUGUUGUAUUGUUUGAUGUUUGAAAAUUUAUUAAUAUAUGUGCCAAACAAGGACUGAAAGCUGUCAUAUUAUACUUGGUAUUUUUACUUCAGUCACCAUAAUCAUGUUAAAUUUAUUUGAUCAUUAAUUUUCUUCCAUGUGGAGAAGCUAAUUUCUUCUUAAAAUAAUUCAUCUCUUUAAACAACACAUAGGUUUUCACUAGCUACAUUCUGCAUUCCAAAUGUUGCCUUCUACUAUUGUCAUAUCAUCUAAACAGAUACAGGAAAAAUGGGAUUCUCUCUAUCAGAGGACUUUUACAUUUGAAAUAUGAAAGAGACAGAUACAGUUUUCUAUUCCACGUGUGUUUAUUUCAACAUUGUUUGGUUCUGAAAGAUAGGUGAAGUUCCAGUCAACCACUUUUUCCCCCUGAAAUUUCAAGAUAAUGCUGUAUGUUAACUUUUCUAGCUCUAGCUUAGCAUUCACUGUUAUGAAAGUAAUUAUUGGAAUUUACUGAGAAAAUGCGCCAUCAUUACAAAAAUAAACUAU